AUGGCCGAUCUCACCAUCUACAAUGCCCCUACGGUGCCUCCGAAAUACGAUCAGGUCGGUGUCUUCUACAUCGCAUUCUGCGUCACGUGGAGCACUCUCCUCGUCGCUGGAAUGAUCUUUUGCUGGUUCAACCGCCACAUCCCCAUCAUCAGAAUCCGUGGUCUGCCGCUGUCCUUCUCCGCCAUUGCUCUUCUCCAUGUCUACUGGAUCAUGGGCCAGAUCACCUAUCCGGUCGGUCAGGCCGUGCCGACGGUUCUCGCCUAUGACCUGCAGUACUUCGCGAUGGGUAUCUACUAUCCGCUGGGUAUUGCCCUGUUCCAAGCGUCCAACCUUCGCUUUCUGCACGUGGCCAAGAUGCAGAAGCAGUUUGCGCAUCCGGAACUGCGAUCCACGAGACGUUGCAACGGUGGUGACUCGUCGUGGUUGUGCCGCCUGAGGAAUAUGGACUAUAUGACUCGGACUUUGACGUUUAUCGGAAUUGGCAUGGCUUUGCAGUUUGCCAUCACUGUCGGCAUGUGGUUUGCUUGUAUGAAGUACCAUCCGACCUACGGUAUUCCCGGAACGGAAAUCAAAGGUGCAACACUCCCGGAGCAGAUGGCGGAUCUGAGUCGAGGAUGGGAAUGGUGGCCGUCUCUGCUCUGGCAGGUCAUCUGGACAUGGGUUGCUGCUCCGAUUCUCAUCUGGCGUGCGUGGGGAAUCCGUGAUACGAUGGGAUGGCGUACGCAGACCAUCGUAUGCUGCGUCGCUAGUCUUCAUGCAGUUCCGAUGUUCAUGGUUGCAUCAUAUGUGCCCUCCUUUGCAAAGGUCAAUGUCUACUUUCCUCCCAGUCAAUGGAUCCAUGUCUCCAUCAUCAUAUUUGAAAUAUUCACCGUCUUCGUCCCCAUCUUCGAACUCAUCCGGCUGCGCAUCCUCAGCGAGAAAGCAUCCAGCUCAAACGCCAAAUACGACCCCUCAUCCCUGGCCACCGUAAUGAGAACAACCCCCUCGACAGAAUGGAAGAACACAUCCUCGUCCACCCUCGCCGAAAAGGGCCUGGCCAUCGACUGUCUGGAGGAAUAUUCCGGCGACCGUCUGUUCACCAUGGACGCCCUCGAACACGUCCUCGCCAAAAACCCCGAACCACUACAAGACUUUGCCGCCUUUAGCGAUUUCUCCGGUGAAAACAUUGCUUUCCUCAGCCACGCCGCGGCAUGGAAGGCCUCCUUGCCCGAGCCGCUGGAAAAAGAACACAUGUACGACGCCUUCAACCAGGCCUUGCAGAUCUACAUCACCUUCAUCAGCAUCCGUGACGCCGAAUUCCCGCUCAACAUCUCCUCGCAGAGCCUGAAGCAUCUCGAGUCUGUGUUUGAGAAGCCCGCGCGCGCCAUCUACGGCGAGGGAGCCGUCAACGCCGCCGUGCCAUUCGAAGUGCCCUCUUCUUCCCCCGCGCCGCAUGAAAUUAGCAUCGCUAGAUACACGGACGAGAUCCCUGAUGGCUUCAACAUGGCCAUCUUCGACGAUGUCCAGAACCACGUCAAGUAUCUGAUUCUGACAAACACGUGGCCCAAGUUUGUCGAGGCGAUGCGUCGCCGGACUAGCGUUUCCACCGCACACAGUGACAUUACUGCAUCGUCGGAUAGAACUCUGGCGACUUGGGUUUCUGUGCAGAGUGAGAAGCUCAAGUCGCUGUUUUAA